AACUGACAUUCAAAAUGGCGACUUCCUAUGUCUCGCUUGUGUUUUGUCUGUGUGUUUAUACGUUUUCUGUCGAUAUUUUGAAUGGACAGGGUGUGCCAUACACCGAGAAGUAUUAUACCCAAACCGUAGACCACUUCAACUACCUCAGCUAUGGCAAUAAGACUUUCCAGCAAAGAUAUCUCAUUCAGGACAAAUGGUGGAAACGUGGUGUGGGGCCAAUCUUCUUCUACACAGGCAACGAAGGAGCGAUAACAGACUUCUGGGAAGCCACCGGUUUCGUCACGGACAUCGCACCACAGUUUGAGGCCCUUGUCGUCUUUGCUGAACAUAGAUUCUAUGGCAAGUCUCUCCCGUUUGGCGAUGACAGUUUCAAGUCCCCUGAGAUCGGGCUCCUGACGAUGGAACAAGCCAUGGCUGACUAUGCCGUCUUCCUCACAGACCUGAAGAAACAACUGAACGCCACAAACUGUCGGGUCAUCUCCUUUGGAGGAAGUUAUGGGGGGAUGCUGACAGCCUAUAUGAGGUUCAAGUAUCCAAACAUCAUAGAUGGCGGCAUCGCAGCCAGUGCUCCAAUCUACAUGCUGGACCCUUCCCAUCCCAGAGAUUUCUUCUUCCCAAUUGUGUCAAAUGACUUCGACCAGGCAAUGCCAGGUUGUCAGGAUAAUGUGAAGAAGGCGUUCAGUCAACUCAACAACAUGGCCGCUCAAGGACAGUCAGGCUUGAGUGAUAUCUCUAGAAUGUUCAACCUGUGCAAGCCCCUAGCGGACAAUAUGGCGUUCAAACAUCUCCUGGGGUGGGUGAGGAACGCCUUCACCUUCAUGGCAAUGCUGGACUACCCUUACAAGGCAUCAUUCGAGGCUCAGCUUCCAGCAAACCCCGUCAAGGCUGGCUGUUUAACCAUCAGCUCUGCCAGCGACGUGGUGACAGGCUUAGCUGCAGCAGCAGGCAUCUUCUACAACGGCACAGCAGGCACGCUGAAGUGUUACGACAUCGACGCUGAGUUCAUUGAGUGUGCUGACCCCACGGGCUGUGGCACUGGCAACGACGCCAAGGCUUGGGAUUACCAGGCGUGUACGGAGAUCAAGCUCCCUGCCGGCAGCAACAACGUAACGGACAUGUUUCCAGUGCUGCCCUUCACCACCGACAUGAGGAACCAGUACUGCCUGAAAACCUGGGGCGUCAUGCCACGAGAUGAGUGGUCCUCUGUACAGUUCUUCGGUCAAAAUAUUAAGAGCGCCAGCAACCUUGUCUUCUCCAACGGAAACCUUGACCCAUGGAACGGAGCUGGGGUAACAAAGGAUGUAUCGGACACAGUGAGAGCCGUAUGGGUGCAGGGUGGAGCCCACCAUCUUGACCUCAGGCACUGGAACCAAGCAGACCCUAUUGGUGUGAAGGCCAGGGAGUUUGAGAAGUCCAACAUCAGACAGUGGAUCAAUGCUCCCUAGACUCACCAACAACUACAGCGCUGACAUGAACAUCCAUCAAAACCAUGCGCAGCUGUACAUCAAGAAGACUUAUUUUUUUUACCAUUCUUUGUCUAUUUUAAACAAUGAAGGACAUAAUCACUUGGAUGUGAACGUCUAUGUUUUUUAAUUGACACAA